GUUCUCCUUACUGCUAGCUUUGGCUUGCUGCUAAAUUGAGUUAGGCAACAUUAGAAUUGCCUCGGAUCUGCAUGCUAUAGUGCCUGAUCUCCACAGCUUGAUAAAGAUCCAUGGAGGAGAUCCUUCCUCCAGGGUUUAGAUUCCACCCCACCGAUGAGGAGCUCAUCACUUACUAUCUCACCCGGAAGGUGACGGAGCUGGGUUUCUCCACCAGAGCCAUGGCCGACGUCGACCUCAACAAGUGCGAGCCAUGGGACCUGCCGGGGAAGGCGAGCAUGGGGGAGAAGGAGUGGUAUUUCUUCAGUAUGAAGGACCGGAAGUACCCGACCGGGCUGCGGACGAACCGGGCAACCGAGUCGGGCUACUGGAAGACGACGGGCAAAGAUAAGGAGAUCUUCCACUGCGGGGUGUUAGUGGGGUUGAAGAAGACCCUGGUGUUCUACAAGGGCAGGGCUCCUAAGGGCGAGAAGACUUGUUGGGUCAUGCACGAGUACAGGCUCCACACCAACUGCCCCACUAAGGAGGAAUGGGUGGUGUGCAGGGUGUUCAAGAAGAGCUCCACGGCGAAGAAUCAUGAUCACCCGGAUUCCCUCGCCAUGCCUGCCUUGCUCGAAUCGCCUUGCAACACCGCGUCUCUGAGCGAACUCGGCGAGAUCGACGUCUCGGCGUUCAACAAUCUGGUGCACAAUUCUAAUCCCAGCUCCAUGGCGAUGCAGAUUAACGAAGGCAUGUACGGCGACAGCGGCAGCAACGUCAAGCUGGACGACGUGAACAUGCAGACGAACUGGAUGAUGAACGGGCAGGGCUCUGUUCCGUGGGCUGCGGCAGCUGCUUUGUUUGGAGCAGGCUUCGCGGCUCCAAAUCCGGCAAUGCUGAAGGCCUUGGCGCUCUCCGGCCCAGAGCAUCCGAUCAAUGCAGCAAGUGUGAGUCAUUUUAUGGCGCAAGGAGCUGCUUCUUCUUCUAAAGGGGUGGGCUGUGCAGAACAACAACAAGCGCAGCUAUUCAAUCAGGAACCAGCUUGGAGGGACUACUGAUCAGAAGCACAUUACAUUUGGGUUAGUUUUGUUGUUUCUAUUUACCAUGAACGUGUGGGUGGAUCGAUGACGAAGGUCAUGACCAUGAACCCUGUUACUUGGGCAGGUCGCAGAUAUAUAUAAAGCAAUUGUGUACAAAAAGCACAAAUACAUAUAAAUAUGAUGUGUAUUAGUAGCACUAAAUGAUGUUCAAGGCCAAUACUUCAUGUAAUCCGCUCUAGUCUAGUCUAGUACUCUGGCUGUGUAAUUGCUGCAAUUUAGUUGUAUGCUAUGUUAUGUGACUUCAUACAUAAUUACACAACUGUAAUUUUCCAUUAA